ACGUCUCGUGGAUUAGUCCUCUUGUCAGCUACAAUGAAUUCUCAGCCUCAGGGUCAGCCAAUUCGUCCUGGUCACACCAUCUGGAUUUCGCGGUCUACUCCCUAUAGGAGGCCUGUUCCUGCUGAGGUCAUGACCAGCUAUCGCCGUUAUCAGCUGCGUCAUCUUACUCAGGAGUUCUGCUCUUUCCUGGAACAUCUAUAUUCCUCCCCACUUCCUGAGCAGCCUCUCUUGCUGUCUCACAUUGUACAGACACCUCUGACACAUGCUUCUUCCACUCAAACCUCUCUGCCUCCCAUCCUGGUGGACCAAAGGACACAAACUGAUGGUUGUCCUCAUGCUGAACCCUGUUGCCCUAGGCUGACAACGCCUGCCUCUCCUCCUCGCACAUCCUCUCCCCCUGUUGCCUACAUCCGCCCUUUGGCGGCUCCUACCUCUCCUUCUCGUCUUACAUCUCCUCCUUUUGGCUACAUACACUCCCUUUCGUCCAGUCCAGCCUCCUCUCCCUCUUCCUCUGAGCCUGGUUCCCCAGGCUUUGUUCCUUUCUCCCCUUCUCCUAGACCUGGGUCCCCAGACUACACUCCUACCUCUCCCAGGCCUGAUAGCUCUGGGUCUCAUUAUUUUUACUAAUUGUAUCUGUAAUAAACUCCUUCUCUCCUUCCUAUAGUUUCUGAGUGGUUCAUUUAUUUAUUAUAUCAUUUACAUUUACCUUAUUAUGACAACUGGGCUCUUAUGCCCAUAUAUCUUAUGAUACCAACCAUAAUAAGCCUUGAUUAUGCUUCCUUGGGGCGUCUCUAGUAUAUCAAUCGAUUUUUCACAACAUCACUCCCCCCUUUGAGACUGUAAAGUCUCAACAAAACCUGUGCUGCAAAAUCAAAUACUAGUGCCAGCCAAACCGAAUAUUAAAGCAAAAACCAAACGGAAAAGAAAAAUAAGCAAAACCAAAAACAAAAUGAAAAACAGAAAAAACAGAAAAACGGACAUCACCAAAA